GGACAUUCUGUGAUCUCAUGGUCAGAGUCCAACCACAGAGAAUCAGAUGUAUUCUGGGUGAUGACGUAAUGGACGCUCAGUACCAGCAGUUCAGCUCAUCUGAUAACGACUCAGUUCAAGGGGGUCACAGGAUGUCUACACAACCAGCAGGGAUGAAGAGGGUCGUGGCCUACAUCCUCUAUACAGUCCUGGUGGUGCUGCUGCUGAUUCUGCUGAUGGUCACCGGCGUUAAAUUCUCCCAGCUGAACAAGGAAAUCAGCGACAUCAAAGGUCACCUGGCGCGAAUGAGCCAUAAAGGAGCAGGUUCAUCGUCCACUGCAGGUGCUGCACCUGUGGAGGAGGUCCCCUUGCAGAAAAUUACCCCAGUUAGAGGAGCAUGUAGGGAGGGAUGGGUGUCUUUCCAGGGGAGCUGCUACCUGCUCUCCGUCGCUGCUGUCACCUGGAGUCAAGCUGAGGAGAAGUGCCGGACACACGGAGGACACCUGGUGGUUCUGAACAGCGUGGAGGAACUGGACUACAUUUCGAAAAUAGUUGAAAUCCAGCACAGCUACUGGAUCGGACUUGUGGAGCGAGAACAUGAGGGACACUGGAGCUGGGUGGAUGGAACCGACUUCAACUCAACUCCAACUUACUGGGACGAAGGUCAGCCUGACAACUGGGACUACAGACAGAACGGAGAGGACUGCGGGCAGAUUCACGGAUCUGAACGACGCAAGCGUAAGAUGUGGAAUGAUGCAGACUGUCACCUGACGUACCGGUUCAUCUGUGAGAUCAGGUCCUGAUGAGAGACAGUGAACCUCUCAGGAACCUCUCAGAGCUCCUGAACCCACAAGAAAGACAGAAGAUGGAGGCUGUGUUUCUGAAAUCAGUUCCUCUGUAGUUAGAAGAGUUACAUCAUACGAAGGAGUCAAAGCUGUGUGAGGCUUUUGUUUGACAAUAAAACUUUUAUUACAAUGA